CUACCGGAUUCGUUAAGAACGCGCUUCAGAAUUCAACAGCUGCACAGUGAAGAUGCAAGCGUCGAAAAAGAACAAUAUGACCGAUAAAACAUUUGCAGCAAGGUGACUAUAGUAGCUACUAUUCUUGAACAUCGUUUGGCGAGAGGACAUAACACGCAGUUUAUGUCACAAUUAGCUGGAUAACUAUUUUCGAUUAAUCGAAAGUUUACCUGGAAAGCCCGAAUUGGUAGAUAUUGGAAUCUACUUAAGACCUAACUUCGCUGGUCUUCCACAAUGAUAUUCAGCAACUUCAUCCAGUAACUCCUUGCCUAAGGAAAUACUCAAGUAUAUAGAUCAUUUGCACAACUUUUGAGGAGGAAAUGCCAACUCACCUGUUGUUGCCAUAUGUGGAAAGUCCAGAUGGACUUGGACAAGACAGUCUAAACAUUAGUAGUGGUGCUAGCACGCCAGGGGCUGGCUCCAGCAUGACCCCUCACUGUAACAUCGUUGACAAGGCUGAGCCUCAGCCUGAGGAAAGCCUGCUGGAAGCCCUGGACUGCAUGUUUUGUGACCAGACUUUCACACACCAAGAUGACCUGGGCCCACACGUCCUGACCCAGCACCCCACAACGUUGUUUGAACCUGCCGUUUUGUGUGUGGAGGCAGAGUACUUGAUCCCAGGUGAAAGGGCCAGGUCCAAACCCAGCUUGCCAUCUGUAAAGGAGGUGGAGGUGUUUAGCUGUGUUGUGUGUGAUCGGACCACAGAGGAUGCCAGCGAGCUGGAGAGCCACAUGCGGACACACAAGGACUGUUUCACUUUUCACUGUAACCUUUGUGGCCGGCGGUUCAAGGAACCCUGGUUUCUCAGGAACCAUAUCAGGUUCCAUAAGACAAAGGCCCAGCAGAACCUGGACGGUCCAAUUAUUAUCAAUGAAGUCAUCCAAGACCAAGUCUCAGAGCCUGUAAUCACGCCUUACAAAAUGUGCUUUACCUGUGGAUUCUUUUUCCCUGAUAAAGACAGUUUGGUGGAACACAGUAAAGUACAUCGUAAAGAAUCAGAGGCUGAUGAAGACAGAGAAAAUGAUAGACGGGAAGAUUCCCUCAUUCAAGAAGGUUUUUUACGGGGCCUCAACCUUCGCCCCAUAUCUGAGAAAAGUAGUACGACACCAGAGAGAUCCUCCAAGUGGAUAGCCCAACUAGACCCUUUCAACACUUACCAGGCCUGGCAACUUGCCACCAAGGGAAAGGUAGCAGUUGGUCCAAGUGUUGCUAAAGACGUAGGCCUGAGCCAAAACAACAGCUCCGACAACGAGGACUCUGGCUCAGAUAAGGAACUGACACACAUCUGGUCAGAAGGCCAAGGAGGUGACGACAAGCGGGUUAAGGAAAACAUCGAUGGAGAUCUGAAAUCCAGACAGACUACAGACGAGACUCCAUCACCGGAGCCUGAUCAGAAGUCAAGUCGAAAUGAUAAGCCGACCCGCUGCGAGGACUGCGGGAGGGCGUUCAGGACGUACCACCAGCUUGUUCUCCACUCAAGGGUGCACAAGAGGGAGAGGGGCGAGGGGGAGAGCCCCACCGCCUCCAUUGAUGGAAAGCUCUCCAGAGCAGGGUCCCCCAGAGAGGAGGGGUCUGAAGACGGGUUAGAGGUGGGAGCACCGGGAUAUGCUUUCUAUUCAGAUAAAAGUGAAGAUGGCUUUGAUCGAAUGAAGGUGAAACAUCUUGUGUCCUCCAGGGAAUGUAGUUAUUGUGGCAAGACCUUCCGUUCCAGCUAUUACCUCAACAUUCACCUCAGGACGCAUACAGGUGAAAAGCCAUACAAAUGUAUAUACUGUGACUAUGCUGCAGCCCAGAAGACCUCACUGAGAUAUCACUUGGAUCGACGUCACAAGGACAAACCAUACACUGACAUCCCUAAUAAGCCUGUGGUGUCCGGGCCAUCUCCCAUUUUGAAAGAAUUCCCCAGAAACAGAGAAGAUAAACGGGUUCCCAACAGGUCCAAACUAUGGCAGACUCCCAAUGUCAAACUAGCAACCAAACCUUGUGCCAAUGUAAAACCAGAGGAUAGAUUUAAUAACAUCGGUGGCAAGCUUGACGGCCCGCUUGCUCAAGUGAAUGCAGAGUAUGGGAAAUUGAUUACUACGGCUGCUUACUCCUCUUCUGCUGAUGAUGCACACAUAAAAUUCCCUGUACUUAUUAACCCGAAGAUGGAAGGAAAGGAGAUAGACAAGGGCUUUGAGGCUCCAUUAAAUUUGUCUUUAAAAGUGUCACUUUCCAUCUCUGCCACCCUAAUACCAAGGAACGCAUUGAUUUCAAAUGUCUGUUCGUCCUGUGCCUUUAGCACUCUGUACCCAGAGGUCCUGCUCAUGCACAAGAAGCUGGUUCACAAGGAGAAGUUGGAAAUGAUCAAGAAGAACAGAAGUCUUAAACAGAAGCGUUACACUGGCUGCCCCCCUGCCCUAGAGGGAAAAGAUGUCCUCCCACUGCCUCCUAUUGACAGAAGACACCCUCGGCGGACCAAAUCCCCAACUCCACAGCCUCCUGGAAAAUCUGCCGAGAAGACCCACCCUACCGCCUCUCCUCAUGGUCCCAAACAGUCCCAGACCAGCGAACCACCACAGAGGGAGACAGCCCUGGACACUCGGCGGUACAGGAUGAUGAUUGAGCAUCGCACCAGUCAGGGCCAGUCCAGGUUUACAGAGCCAGCUGAACAAUCCAACACCAAAGGUACAAAAGAUAACAGGUCUGUAGUGGACAGACCAAGGCAGAGCCCAUCGGACAGCAGAGGGGCGAGCGGACAGAGUGUAAGAAGUGGCCCAGGCAGAAAUUGGAACGGCGUGGUAUGGCCCUCCGACACUGCUAAGCUGUGCCUCUCCAGCCGGUUCGGUAGUCUGCCCCCGAUGGACUUUGGUGGUGAACCCUCCAGCAAGAGACCAAGGUACUCAGGGCUUCCCGGAAGGGAAACGGACACUGUAGAGACGUCUAGCUUUAGGACCGAGUACAACAGACUGCUGAACUCCGGGAGACCCCAAGUGAAAAACUCCUUUUCGUCACAAGGAACCUCUCUCUCUAACAGGCCUCAGGCCUAUGCCCCGGUCAAAGCGUCCAAUCCUCCAGCCUCUGCAAGCAGCAGCAGCAGCAGCAUGGAGACUGACUGGAAUAUGAUCAACAUCCUCCGCUCCUACAGCCCCAGUGACCUGGCCUCCCUCUACCACCCCACCGUGGCUAACCCCAGUCACGGAGUGACCAACCCAAGAGGGAGUAGGCCAUCACCCUACCCAGCUAGUAUGCUACAGAGGAGACCCUAUUCCAGACCCAUCAGUAGUGAACACAGUGGACCCCCUGACAAAAGUACUUAGCUGUUCUAAUGGUUUGAAGUACCCUGAGAACUCCCUGCUGCCACCAUCUUCUUUUGAGAGCCAACCUGGUGGGGAAGGCUUAACUCAGCCCAACUGUGAUCUGUGGAUACACCUCUAUCCAAUGCCGACCGAGUUUACAGUUUGUAUGUAUUGAAGAACGACUGUUUGAAUAUCAUAUUGGUAUGGUUGCACUAGACAAAACAUUUAUUUUAAGUGUUCAGAGGAUAAAUUACCUUUUUUUUUGUUUUGUUAAUAUGCUGCUCUGUCUGAUUGUAUGUCAGCAAUCAAAGGGCUAUGUAUCUGUCAAAGCACUGAUGUAGGGUUUUAUCUGGCAUACAGCUUGACGUCUUUGUUUACAAAACAAGCUGUAUGUUGACAUAUGUUACCUCAAAGUCAGUUUAGAGACUGUUGACGUUCAAGUCGUCAGUUGUUUCUGUGAUGAUAUGAAGCUGCUGUAGCUAUCAUGUCUACUAUUGAGCCAAUGCAUUUUUUGGGGGAGAGUUAAGAGUAGAACGUCUGAUGUGCCACUCGGUAGUAGUUUCCCUGGAUAGACAUUAUGACCAGGGCCUGAAGCCUGUUACCAGAUAUUCUGUGAAAUGUACAUAAGAAGGCUGCUCGUUCUUUUCCUUCUAUAGAUUCCUCAAAACCAACUCUUCUAAAACAUGGACCAAAUAUCAACAGAAUUCUUGAGGGAUUCUACUUUUUUGUGUAGAAAAAAAAAGUAUGCUCAUGUUAUGCAGGAUUUUGAUUGUUACUGAGUCUUUUGCAACAGGUUUUGUUAACUUGGUUGCCUGCUUUGUCACUGGUUUCUCUGAAGCUCUGGUCUACUAUUUGUUGGUACUGUAUGUAAGUCAGGAAGAGCAUAGCGGAAGGCUCACUGAAGGAAUAGCUUAAAACAUUGUACACUGUGAAGAAGAAGAAAAACAGUCUCAGGUUUCAGACCUCGAUUUGGGCUCUGAUACAACUCAAUUCAAUUUUUUGCAUUGACUAUUACAAAUGUAAUGCACAUUAUCUAGGAAGCGCUGCGAUUAAUUUCAAGCAAUGUGGAUACAUCAGACUUCUGUUAUUUCAUAUUUUUGCUGUUAUCAUUUUUUUGGGGGGCGUUUUAUUUAUUUCUGUUACAGUUGUUUUGGUUUUUACAUGUAAAAUGUUAAAUAUACCGUUUAAGAUUUGUACGACAAUUACAUUAUAAUAGUUAAUGACGUGGGGCAUAGCAAGUAGUGUUAUAUAUAUUUUUUUCACUUUGAAAAAGUCUACAGGUGGCUUUUCAAGUGUUUACUAUAGGCCUAUCACCUUCCUGUGUUUAAAUAACCUUUGAAACAACUUGUCAAUCUAAAAUAGUUGUCAUGUCUGAUCACUGGCAAUAGACGAGGAGCCAAAAUGUACUGAUUUCCCCUGUUCUGCUGUCAUUAUUAGCAUGGGGUUAAGUUAUUAACAUUUUUAAGUUUGGUUCAUGUAUUCAGUAGUUCUUGUGACAGAUUCUGGACUUGACCUGUUUGGUUGAACUUACUAAUGCAACAAUGCUGUGUCUGCCUAUACUGUACUUGAUAUGAUUUCCCCGUUUUGGCUUGCGUAAGCCUAAUAAAUUGUGGCCAUGUCAUACAAGCUUCUGCUUUGGUUUUUGUUUUUUCAGUUUGUACUUUUCAAUGUUGUGAUCUCUAUUUGUUUUCAUGGUCUUUUGACUUAUAUCAAGUGCAAUUGUGGCAGUUGUAAAUGAGAGUGGAGGGAUCCAAUUCACUCAGACCUUCACUCUUAACAGAAAUGAAACAUUCUGUUAAAAUGUCACUGCAAUUUAUGUGCAAAUAAUUUUGACAUUUUUGAAAAUGUAUUCCAUUUCUGUAAUGAGAAUAGUGCUUUCGUUUCGUCUUUGCACAAUUAAGACAUUUGUGUAAAGUAUUGAGAAAUUGCUAUAUUUUCAGUUACAUCUUAGCCCACAAGCCUGUACUUUGCUUCAUUCAAUGUCUGGAAAAUGUCUUAACUGUAGGUGAACACCAGAGGGCAGUGUAUACAAAGAGUCCAGCAACAGAGGCAGGUAGAGGUUCUGUGCUGUGGUGAUACAUUCUGGUAGACUGGAGCAGGAAUGCUUAGUUGCACAUCUUUGGUUUGUCUCAGGUUUAUAUUGUUGAUAAUGAGCAUUUCCUAAGUAUUUUGUGUUGAUGCAGGUUGGCAUUUUGUAAUAAAAGGGACAAGCAAGA